AGUGACAGAGCAUGGAGUGCCUGUGAUGUUCUUCUCAUCAGUUCGUAGGCAGUUUUCGAAGGACAUGCUGCAGAGGCAGAUGACUGUGGGAGCUGCUACAAAUAGUUUUACACAGAAUCUCUAGGCUGCUUGCUUCAGUAACCAUGGAAGUAGAGAGAACUUCUUCCCAGUUUCAGCUCUCUGCUGAGCUGAUUCUGCUGUUCCUCUUCAUUUGGGGUAAUUUAUGUUCUCCAGACAUCGGCCAGUGCUCAUCACAACCAUGCAAGAAUGGUGGAAUUUGUGUUGAAGGACUAAAUGACUACAUCUGUCAGUGUCAACAGUAUCCUGUGAUGUACACAGGGAAGAAUUGUGAAAUACAGUUUGAUGCCUGUUAUUUUAACAUAUGCAUGAAUAACAGCACCUGUCAGAGUACACCAGGAAGCCUGCAGUACAACUGCACCUGCUUACCUGGGUUUGGAGGUACUCAGUGCAACAUUAACAUAAAUGAAUGUGAGAGCAAUCCUUGCCAAGGAGUUCAUGUUGACUGCAUAGAUAGAGUGAAUGGAUACAAUUGCCUGUGUUCUCCAGGAUACGAAGGGGAAAACUGCACAACAGAAACCAAUGAGUGCCUUACAAACUCCUGUAAGAACAAUGGAACCUGCUUGGAUGGAAUUGGGAAUUAUACCUGUGAUUGUCAACCUGGUUACACAGGGAUUAACUGUGAAACCGAUAUUGACGACUGUGCAUCAAAUCCUUGUUUAAAUGGAGCUCUGUGCCUUGAAGGGAGAAAUGAAUAUAAAUGCUUCUGUGUCCCUGGAUAUCAAGGGCCAAACUGUGAAAUUGACAUCAACGAAUGUGCAUCCAGACCAUGCAGAAAUGGGGCCACAUGCAUCCAUGACGUGGAUCGAUACUUAUGUGUCUGUCCUCCUGGCUACAAAGGUCUGAACUGUGAAGUUGAAAUAAAUGAAUGCGAAUCGAACCCCUGUCAGCAUGGCGGUACGUGUAGAGACAACAUUGCAUUCUAUGACUGUUUAUGUGCUUCUGGUUAUGAGGGAGUUGACUGCGAGACAGAUAUUGACGAAUGUGCCAGCAAUCCAUGUAUCAACCGAGGAACAUGCAAGGACAUGAUCAAUGGUUACAUGUGUAACUGCACUGAAACAGGAUUUAUGGGCACAAAUUGCCAGAUGGACAUCCCCGAGUGCGCAUCCAAUCCGUGUGUUAACAACGGGACAUGUCUGGAAGGAGUGAAGAGCUACACUUGUCUCUGCUGGACUGGUUACACUGGAUCACACUGUGAAGUCGAUAUCAAUGAAUGUGCAACAAAGCCUUGUUUGAAUAAUGGCACAUGUUUGGAACGCUCCACUCAAAAGUAUUAUGGCCAUCUCCCACAGUUCAAGCCCACUUUCAGUUAUGCUGAUGCAUCUGGCUAUAUUUGCCUUUGUCAACGUGGCUUUGCAGGAGAGCAUUGCUCAGUGAACAUCAAUGAAUGUGAGUCUGGUCCUUGUAUGAAUAAAGGCACUUGUGAAGAUCAGAACAACGGAUUCAAGUGCCAUUGUGCACCGGGAUUUACAGGGAUGAUGUGUCAAAUCGAUAUCAACGAAUGUGAAAGCAAUCCUUGUGAAAACGGAGGCGAUUGUGAAGAUGGUAUUGCGGAUUAUAGUUGCCGUUGUCCUGCAAUGGAUGAUGAUGGUGUCUUCUGGGGAGGAAAGAACUGCUCAAUUCAGUUAGAUGGCUGCCUUGAACACCAAUGUGAUAAUGGAGCAACAUGUAUCCCAAACUUGCUGGAUGGCACUCACAGUUACAAUUGCAAAUGUCCUCCUGGUUAUUAUGAUGCUUCUUGUUCAAAAUCAACAACUUUCUCCUUAUUCAGUGGCUAUGUGACUGUACAAGUUCCAAAUACUAAUCGGAAUAGAACAGCAGCUCAAGAUGAGCCAUUUAGCAUCAGUCUCCGCUUUAGGACAACCAUACCAAAUGUGCUGUUACUCUACCGAGGAGAUAUACUUACUGAAUACAUGCAUGUUCAACUUUAUAGCGGUCAGCUGAUGUCCAUAGCUGUGAUAAAUAGUCAGAUAAUUAGCAUUUCAUUCAUUCAUCAAGUUAACGAUGGUGAAUGGCAUCAGCUAACAGUUCAAAUGGGUGAAAGUUUCCAAGUCAACUUGACACAUCCUAGUUGCCCAAAUUACACUUGUUCAAACUCAAAGGCCAUUGAUGCAGUUACCCUUCCCUCACUGCAUGCAUUUCAGACGACACACAUUGGUGGCCUCCCAGGAAUGUUCUUUCCAAUUCAGGAUUAUUUUACUGGUUGCAUACAGGAUUUGGAAAUUGAUAACAGGGCUAUAUUACCACAAACAAUUUCAAAAAAUAUGUCACUGAGAUUUACACUUGGCUGCAAGAAGAUAAACUGGUGCCGACAGAAUCCAUGUAACAAUAAUGGCAAGUGUGUCGAUUUGUGGACAAAUUAUAAAUGUGAUUGUUUCCGGCCAUUUGCAGGCCCCACAUGCCUUCACGAAUACGUCUCUGCAACAUUCAGCAAUGAGAAUUCUAGCAGUUUGGCGACUUUUAUUAUCACGGACAAUCCGGGCACAAAAUUUGUUAUCUCUUUUUUCAUACGUACACGAAAGGUAGCUGGCUUCCUAAUGCAAUUCAGGCAUGGUACAAUUCCUUAUCUCACAAUAUAUCUGAAUAACAGCAGCAUUUACAUCAAAACGAACGUUUUGAUGAUAAACUCAUCAAUGAACCUUGCUGAUGGCAUUAAGCGACUGAUAGAAAUUCGUUUUGAUGAAGCCUGGGUAACCGUUACUGCUUCAGAUGUUAUUCUGCUAGACUUUCUAUUGUCUUCUGUGAAGAUUCAACCUUUUGACAUUGUUCAGAUUGGUCAAGAUCCUCAUGAUUCUGCUCAAUGGGGAGGGCCUUUCAAGGGCUGCCUGCAGGAUGUAAGGCUCAACAAUAUACAACUAGAGUUUUACCCGCUGGAAGAGGGAAAUUACAGCUCAUCGCUUGAUAUUUACAGCAAUAAGACACUUGUAAAUGUGAUCGAGGAUUGUGUCAGUGAUGAUUCUUGUAUGAAUGCUCCUUGCCAAAAUGGAGGCAAUUGUACUGUGACAUGGAAUGAUUUUGAAUGUCAAUGUCCACUGGUGUACAGUGGAAGGACCUGUGAAAGGAAAGUGUGGUGUGAAACUGACCCAUGCCCUGCAGGAUAUCGGUGUCAGAAUCUUCCGGGUGGAUAUGAAUGUUAUGCUAAUGCAACAUUUCAAGGUGAAAAUCCAAUGACCUACAUUGGCAACAAGUUUAUCACAAGAGAUCUCAUAAGCAUUUCCAUGGACUUCAAAACCAGAAAUGUGGAUGCUGAUCUGCUACAGGCUAGCAAUGGCGCUGAGUCCAUUUGGUUUGGUAUCCAUAACUCUUACUUGCAGUUCAGGUUGUAUAGUGGAAAUAGUCUAGAAGCCAUCACUCUUUCUAGCAACGUCAAUAUCUCUGAUGGACAGUGGCAUUCAGUGCUCAUUACAAUGGUGGAGCCUUUAAUGAUGUCCUCAAGGUGGACCAUGGUUCUUAAUGGAAAUUCCAAUUUUAACAGUCCAGUCACUGCUGGGAAUUUAAAUUUUCUUCAACAUAAUGUGAAUAUAACCCUAGGCAACAGUUUUAGAGGUUGUCUUGGUGUAGUUAAAAUUGGUGGAAUAUACCUGCCUUACUUAAAGCAAAAUAUUUUUACAGACACUGAACAGUUCAUCCUAGUAAGUAAGCCCCCAAUUCAUAUUGGAUGCUUUGGCACAGAGGUAUGUUCCUCAAAUCCAUGCCAUAAUAAUGGAACAUGUGUAGACCUAUUUGACUUGUACCAGUGUAACUGCAUGGCAGGAUGGGAAGGCACCAGAUGUGAACUCAAUGUUGAUGACUGUGCGUCCACUCUCUGUAUUCAUGGUAACUGCAGCGAUUUGUUGGAAGGCUACAAGUGUAGCUGCAACCUGGGCUACACUGGCAAAAACUGUGAGAGUAAUAUAGAUGACUGCGUGAACCACAAAUGUAGAAACAACGGGACCUGCAUUGACAGUAUCAACUCGUACUUCUGCAACUGUCUACACCAGUUCACUGGACGAUAUUGCGAAUGGUCCUACCCACCAGUCAAAUGUGGAGAGAGUUUCAGCUGUAACAAUGGAGGUCUUUGCACUGAUGGGUUGUGGGGUGCCAAUUGUACCUGCAAACCAGGCUUUACUGGAGUAAGCUGUGAAGAAGUGGUGAAUGAAUGUGAUUCGAAUCCCUGCCAGAAUGGAGGGACCUGCCAUAACCUGGUCAACAAAUUUGUUUGCGUUUGUGGAGAUAACUUUGCAGGCGAACAGUGCGAGCUUGAUAGAGGGAAAAAAGCCGACGCUGUCCCACUGCUGGCAAUAGCUGUGCCGGUGGUGUGUGGGAGUGUGCUACUGAUUGUAAUAGCUCUUAUUUUUGUGGUUCUUACUGCACGUAAAAAGCGUCAGACAGAAGGGACGUAUAAUCCAAGCCAACAAGAGGUGGCAGGGGCUCGAUUGGAGAUGGAUAGUGUCCUUAAAGUGCCACCUGAAGAGCGCUUGAUAUGAUUACUCAAACGAACGUUUAGAGAAACAGAUACUUUUAUUUUGAAAAGACCUCAUACCUGAUGGGACAGGUAGCAUUUCUGCUGUGAUAUGCCUCCUGAAUACUACUGAUUUCUGAUACAACAAGCAAAUUCUCUCAUUCCAAGCAUCUGCUUCAUCAAGAAAGUGAUCACCAAUUUAUUUUGGCUGUGCAAUUUUCUCAUGGUAAAUCCAGCUGGUGAACCCCCCCCCCCCAAGAAAAUUCACCCUCAGUAUGCUGCUUCUUGCAAUGCCAUAUGGAUGAAGUAACUUAUUACAGUAUCUACAGAAGUCAACCAUGACAGAUUCAAGCAUUUCCAUUUACGUAAUGAUGCAACAUCACAUCAGCUAAGAUUACUUCAGUCUCAGAAGUAGAUUUCACUGGUUAUUCUAAUCCUCCAUCAGCAUCUUGUGUUGACUGAAAAGCUUUUAAAUGAGCUCUUGUUCUCCGACAUGAAAUUAUGGUGGAAAGCUGUUUUCAUAUAAGUAACUGUGAACUAAUUUUCAGUAUUAAGUAGUUCCUUAAAAGCAGAUACAAUGCCAGCUGGCCUUGAAAAUGAAGUUACAUUAAAAAAAAAGUUAGCAGCGUGUUAAUGGUAGAGGCUUUUCUUUUCUCAAGUCUAUAUUUACUGGGAAAGAGUUCCACAUUAAGUGAUGGUACCUGUUAUACAAAAUUAAUCUUCUCUGGAACUAAUAUCAUUGUCUAAUGUUUUCCAUGUCUAAUUAAAGACAUGUUGAUCAUGAUCAAGUUUGUACACAGCUUAAAAGUACGUAUGUUUGUUGCAUCAACAGUUCUCAUUGAUGUACUGUCCCUGCCCAUUUUAUUGACAAACUGCUGUUGUGUGAAAAGUCUCCCCAUAAAGUCAGGAUGAAAGUUUGUUACUUGCAGUCUGAUGCGUGCUGUUGGACAAGGUCAAUAAACAGUGUAACUUUCUCACUUCCAUUUUACUCAAUGGUGAUGUUCUACAACAGAAAGGAACUACUCAAAGAAAUUACGUUCCCAUUAUCGCUGGUUCUGUGGCUACAGCUGGAGGACUUGCAAUCUGCAUCAUUGCUGUUAUAGUUCUGGUGCUCACUAUGAAAAAGAAGAGGGCAACUCAGGGAACCUAUAGUCCCAGUCAGCAGGAAAAGGAUGGAGCAAGAGUGGAGAUGUGGAACAUAAUGAAGCCUCCACCAACAGAAAGGCUUAUUUGAUGUUCAUUAGUAAACUGAAGCUUAUUCAUUGGGAUGAAACUGAAGACAACAUACGGGUUUCAAUUGGUAAAAAGUGAUCCAUUAGUUCAAUCUAGCUAUAACUAGACUGUGACACCAAGUAUGGCUCAGUUAGGAAGAGCUAAGUUGAUAGUAUGUGGAAAUAGGUUAAUCUUAGAAGUACACAAGUGGUUAGACACAAAUUAUUUGCUGCUCACAAAUGCAACACACAUCAUAUAAUACUAAAUACCUUAAGGUGCACCACAUAGGUUUCAAAAGCUUUUUAAAUAAUUGCUCACUCCAGUCAUACAAUAUCUUUUGGCACAAUUUGAAUUAUAAUUACUGUGGCAGUUUGCUACUUCUAAGAUUAACUAUGGGAAGGAUCUGUUUUACUUUUCCUGACUAAUUACUUUAAAUAUAGGUAUUUAGUCAAAUGCUUUGCUUCCACUUUCCUUAUUGGAUAGUCUCCACAAAUAACAGAAAUGGGUUAUGAAAUAAAACGUAUUGUCAACAGUAUCUCUAAAUUAUAUAAUGAAGUGAUAGGCAGCAUUGUUAAAAGUAGUAUGAUGGAACAUGGAAUAGUUGUUUUAAACAGUGAGGUGUGAAAUUAAUUCUAGGUUAGGAAAAACAAUGAUUUCCAUACUCAGAUGUAAACUGUAUCCCUUUCAAUCGGGUCAGGUGAAAGUAGGAACCAAUGUGCUGAAACUCUAACAUUUUGAUUUGAAUCUAAAACCAUGAAACAAAUGCAGUAGUGCAUUCAACACUUUCUAUUUUUAGAUAUUUCAAAUAGAAUUUACUUUAAGCCCCAACAUUUUUGAAAAAUUUAAAUAAAAAUAAAGUCACUAAAUCCCAUUGCAGCCAGGCAAAAAUUUUAUUCUGUAUUGUAUUAAAUAGCUCUGAGGUAUUUAGUUUAAGGCAAAUAGCUAAAACUUUCCAUUCAAAAUCAAUACACCUGCCUUUUCUGCCCUAGGAAGCAAUAAUUUUUUUGAAUUUUAAAAGUGCAGAUCACUAUUCUUUUUGUAAUCAAGAAAGUUCCAUUAUUUAUUUAAGUGACAGUAAAUCGGUCUCUGGCAACUUUGAAGAUCCUUAAACCAUAAGUGCCUUUCACAGGCUUUGCGCAGUCGCCGAAUCAAGCACAAUCAACUUGCAAUACCUGCUGGGGUCAAAAACCGUAGGAAAGAUGUAUUGACCUUAAAGGGUUUGCAGUGCUGAUUUAUCAGCAUGUUUGUUGGGCUGCAACAGUAAAAUUAUGAGGAGAGAUUGCAUAAAAUGGAAUUGGAUUCCUGGAAUUUAGCAUGCUAAAGUGCGAUCUGAUCAAAGUCUUCAACAUAUGAAAAGGAAACAGACAGUGUAGAUAGAGAACAGCUAUUUCCAUUGAUUGGGAAUCUAGCAGAAUUAGGAGGCAGAACAAUUUGAGACAAAUCUUUCAGGAGUGAAAUUAAGAGACACUUUAUUUGCAAAUGGUGCUAGAAUCCUCCUCCACAAGUGGAAACUGACAAGAGAUUAAUUGAUAAUUUUAAAACUGAAAUGAAUCAAUUUGUAUUAACCAAAAGAAUGGAGGGAUGUGGGACAAUACUGUGUCAGUGAGUCAUAGUGAAGAUCUGGCACAAUCUUAUUGAAUUGCAGAACAGGCCCAAGGGGUAAAUAGUCUACUCACAUUCCCAUAUUUUAUUCUUCCUAUAUUGGAAAAUAGAUCAUGGAGUACAUUUAUUAGAUGUUUCUAAAAAUAUGCUGGAAUAAAAUAGUAGUGGGGAUGACCAACAAAUAUCAAAGAUUAAAAUCCUUUCAAAGUUCUACCCCAUGGAAUUUGGUGAUCAUUUUGCCAGUAGAACUGUCAUCCUUGGUUUGCUGAAUGGAAUGAUUUAUUGAACUGUGUAAUUUAUUGUUUUUUUUGUGCAAGACUUCCCUCACAAUUGGUAUAUUGCAAAAUUGCUUUUAUAGUUAUAUAAAAAAAACCCUGUUUUUGCACAAUUAUUCUUGAGCAACAGUUUUACACUUGCUGGUAGACUAACACCG